UCAACGGGUCCAGGCUGGAGAAUCCCCACCGGCACCCGGCGAUCGUUGGGAAAAGCUGACAGGGGAGAGACCUCAAGGGCAUGCUGCUUUGUAUUUCUCUGCACAGCAGAAAAGUACAAAGCAGCAUGUCUCCCUAGUAAAACACACACAGCACAUAAUGUAAAACAGCACACAGUUAACCCUUUGAUCACCCCAAAUGUUAACAGCUUCCUGCCCAGUGUCAUUAGUACAGUGUCAGUGCUUUUUAUUAGCACUGAUCACUGUAUUACUGUCAUUGGGGUGUCAGUGGCAGUCAGUUCCCACUCAGUGUCAGAAUGCCUGCUGCAGUCC